UCUCGCCUGCCACGCGGGAGGCCCGGGUUCGAUUCCCGGCCAAUGCAACAAUGAUUUUUCCCUCCCCUGAUGCAAAAUAAAAAGACCCCUAUUUUGAUGAAUGAAGAAGCACUUUCUGUGACCUUCGCCUUCUCUCUUCCCCAUUCCACCAUCGCCACUUCUAUUGGGCGGGUGGGAAGAAGCCUCGGCGCCGUACUUUGUUGGGAGGACGACGCCGGGAGCUAAGCCGCACGACGAGGACGACGCGCCGGCGGAAGGCGGAGGCCUCCUCGCGUAGGAAAUCUGAGGAGGCCCCGCCGGGGAUCUGCGUCGCCAGGACGGAGAGACACGAUGGAAGUGAAAGACGGAAAUGCUGCCCUUCUCAGCAAUUAUGAGGUCUACAAGCUGUUGACUGAUCUGAAGCAGCAACGCUGGGAAACCGGGAAAAGCAAGCAUAGUUCUGGCCAGCAGAACCUGAACACCAUCAUGUAUGAAACGCUAAAAUACAUAUCUAAGACUCCAUGUAAAUACCAAAGUCCUGAGAUCGUAACAGAUUUCCUCUUAGCAGUGAAAAAUCACAAGUUAACAAAAGCGGAAAAGCUACAGCUUCUCAACCUCAGGCCUGUGACUGCCGUUGAGAUCCAGCUGAUAGUCGAGGAAAGUGAAGAGAGGCUAACGGAAGAGCAAAUCGAAUCCCUCCUCCAGACCGUCACCAGCAUCCUUCCAGGAGAUCCGGAGCAAGAGGAGGAGCAGCAGUCGGCCAUGGCCGUCGAGGAGGAAGGAGAGCAGGGGUAGGACGGUGUCUCCAGGACCAUGAUGAGGAUCCCGACCCAACUCUGAAAGCCGGCUACCCGUUUCGGCUGCACUGAGGAUCUGUCUCCCACCCCUUGUGACAACAGACUUAAAUACAAAGCCGUGUCAUCCCGUUUUACUGUUGAAUUCUUCUUACAUCACAGUGGCGAAUGUCACUUCCAACAAAGUGUUUUAAAAACUU